AUGGAAAAUACCCGGGAACGACAACAAAGAGACUAUGACCUGGCUGCUCAUGCAGAACCCUUAGCUCUGGGAGACCUGGUGUGGUUGAAGAACAACCAUAGAACCAGUAAAUUGGACAGCAAGUGGGAAAGGAUUCCCUAUGUCGUUUCUGCCAUUCCUAACGCUGAGGCUCACAUUUACCAAAUCUCUAGAGAAGUUGUUUCUCCAUCCCAGGAUGAACCCAUUUCAGCUCCUGUUAUUUCUUCGCCUCAGAGUGUACCUGAAGGAGCUCCAGAGCCUGUGGACUCCUCCAACCCUCCUGAACCAAGUCAGGAGGAAUCUCCACGUUACCUGAUGAAAAGGUUCCAUAAAACCAACAGCAAUGUUCACAAUGCUACGGAUUUGGUACAGGACGGUGAGACAUCCCAGGAAGACAAUGAAGCCAAAGUAAAGCAAUGCUAUUAUUGGCUGGUGGCUCAAAAUGUUACAGGGAAGGUAAAUGGAGGGGACCACUGUGUAUGUGAAGUUCUACUACCAGAUAGCUCCUUUCCAGCCAUGAGGGUGGGCACCCUAGAGGAUGAAACUCAACAACUGAUCAACCGUGUGGAAGAUGAAAUGCAGAAGCUAGAAGAGCAGGACAUCAGACUGGAUGCCUAUAUGGAAAAACUCAUUAACCUAACCAAGAGACUGGAAAAGUUGGAGAAGAUGCGUCCUGAAGGCCUAGUAGAAAUUAACUUUGAUGUCCUAAAGAAAGAGAUCAAAGAGAUGGAGAUGGUCAUCUCACAGCUGAGAGGCAGAGUCAACGGAAGUAACGCUCACGUGGAAGACCUGUAUAAGGAGGUGAAGAAUAUCUCAAAGUCAGUUGGACAGCUGGAGACUCUUGACAAGAACAAUGUCCUCAAAGCUCAGAGAGACAUGGAGGUUCUGAAGAAACGUUUUGCAGAUUGUGAGAAAACUAUUAAGAUGAAAGCUGCACCCAUGGUACCACUUGGAUCUUGUCAGCACCAUGGCUUAUCACUUAUCAGCAAACCCAACCUUCUGCAACUUAACUGGAAGGGAGUCGCCUUCAAGUCUGGAGCAUGGGGUAAGGAUGCAGCAUGGAACGCCACUAAGAAGUCCUUGUAUUGGGUUGCUCCUCUUAAUCCUGACGGCCGAAUUCUAGAGUCCAUACGUAUUUAUCCAUCCUUGAAUGAUAUACAGCUGUACAAGAACUCCAUCGACCUGCCCCUCUCUGUGCUCAUCAAUAACAGAUGGAAUCAUACUUUUGGAGGUCAGGGCGCAGGAGUGAUCGUCUACAACGGCAAUCUGUACUACAACUGCUACAACAGUCAUGACAUGUGCAGAACAAACUUGAACAACGGGGUCUACCAAAGAAAAGCUCUACCCAAUGCCGUAUUCAAUAACCGAUGCUCCUAUUCUGGAGUCAGCUACCAAGAAAUGGACUUUGCUUCGGAUGAGAAGGGUCUGUGGGUGAUAUACUGCACUGAAGCAAGUGCUGGAAAAAUUGUGGUGGGUAAGGUCAAUGUAGCCACCUUUACGGUGGAAAAUUCCUGGACCACCACACUGAAGAAGACAAAUGUGACCAACGCCUUCAUGAUGUGCGGAGUCCUCUAUGCCACUCGCUCUGUAAACAAAAAGACGGAGGAGAUCUUCUAUAUGUUUGACACCAAGACUGGAAAGGGAGAGCAGAUAAGCUUCAUGAUGGAGAAGAUGUCAGAGAAGGUGCAAAGUCUGAGCUAUAACGCAAAUGAACGCAAGAUAUACAUGUAUAAUGAUGCCUAUCUGGUGCACUAUGAUGUUAUGCUCCAGCCUUGA